CGGCGGAGCAGCCGCCAAGCGCGGCCAUGGCGCUGUGAGGGGCGCUGCCCGGGGCCCGGGACGCCGCUCCCGCCCCGCCCGCCCCGCCGCCUCCCAUGUGGCUGCAGCAGCGGCUGAAGGGGCUGCCGGGGCUGCUCUCCAGCAGCUGGGCACGGCGGCUGCUGCUUCUGCUGGCGCUGCUGCUUGUCGCCUACUGGUACCUGGGGGCGGCCCGGGCGCGGCGGGGCGCGGGGCGGGGCGCGGAGCCCCGCGGGGCCGCUGCCCUCUGCCUGCAGGCGGCCGCGGGCUCCUGGCGGGCGCAGGCCGAGCGCGGCGAUGCGCUGCCGCUGCCCGAGGAGGCGGAGGCCGGGCCGGGCCUGGCGCUGGCCGGUAACGGGUUCCUGCUGCUGGACGUGGGCGCCGGUCGCCUCUGGGUGUCGGCGGCGGGGCCCGGGGCCGGCCCGGCGCUCGGCACCGAGUACCCGGCGCUGGUGCGGCUGAGGGCGCUGGGCGGGCGCGGGGAGGCGCGGGCGGCUCUGUUGGCCUUGCGGGACGGGGCCGUGCGGCGGGUGCGCUGCGUGCAGACCGGCCCCGGGGCGGGCGCCGGGGACUGCGUGACCGUGCGGGAGGAGGUGGUUGCCCACCGGAGCCGGCCGCAUCUCUACCUGCAGCGCAUCCGCAUCGCCAACCCCACCGAGCGGGUGGCCGCCUUCGAGGCCUCGGCCCCGGGUUUUGCGCCCUCGCUGGGCGGCCGCUUCGCCACCAGCCUGGAGAAGGCGGAGGAGCGGCAGUUCCUGCUCUCCUCCGGGCGCCUGCUGCUGGCCGGGAGCCCCAGGGUGGUGCUGCUGGUGGUGGCUGCCAAGAAGCUGGUGAGCCGGGUGCAGGUGGCACCCAAAUCGCACUUUGACGAGACGGUGCUGUCCGUGGUGUACACCUCAGAGCCCAUCGAGGUCUCCAGGCUGGAGGAGACCUUCAGCAAGCUGAGGGAGGCGGCCAAGAAGGAGAUGCUGGAGGUGAUGCAGAUGGGGGUGGAAGAUCUUUUCCAGGAGCACCAACAGACCUGGUCUGACCUUUUCAUUUCAGGGGUGGAAAUGAGAAAGAUCACAGAUGCCCAUACACCAUCCAGUGAGACAGUUAACAUGACUCUCUACUAUGUGCUGUCAAGCAUGCCAGCUCCUCUGCUGGAUCCACUCAUCACGGGGGAGGACAGAGAAAAAAUGGAAGCCAGCUUGAACUAUGCUGACCACUGCUUCAGUGGCCAUGCCACCAUGCAUGCAGAGAACCUGUGGCCACCAAAGCUGACCAGUGUUGCCCAGAUCUUGCAACUUUCAGACCUGUGGAAGCUAACUCUCCAGAAAAGGGGCUGCAAGGGCCUUGUGGCAGCUGGAGUGCACGGACUGAUGCAGGGAAUGGUGCUUAGCUUCGGGGGGCUGCAGUUCACAGAAAACCAUCUUCAGUUUCAGGCCGACCCUGAUGUACUCCAUAACAGCUACUCCUUACGUGGGAUCCAUUACAAUAAGGACUUGAUUAAUCUAGCUGUUCUGCUGGAUGCUGAAGGAAAGCCCUUCUUGCAUGUGUCUGUGAAAUUCCAGGACAAGCCCGUCAGACUCUACGCGUGCGAGGCCGGCUGCAUGAACGAGCCGGUGGAGCUGACCUCGGAGGCACGGGGACACACCUUCCCUGUCAUGGUGACUCAGCCCAUCACUCCACUCCUUUACAUCUCCACAGAUUUGAUCCACUUGCAGGACUUGAGACACACGCUCCAUCUGAAAGCUAUUCUGGCUCACGAGGAACACAUGGCCAAGCAAUACCCAGGCUUACCCUUCCUGUUCUGGUUCAGCGUGGCGUCCUUAAUCACCUUGUUUCACUUGUUUCUGUUCAAACUCAUCUACAAUGAAUAUUGUGGGCCAGGAGCCAAGCCACUCUUCAGGAGUAAGGUAUAAGGGCUGCUGCUUCUGGCUGCUGUCCACUGAGUGUUGUCAGCCUGGUUUUCUGUCAGCUGUGCCUAGGGAGGCUCUGUCUUGGACUGUGAGAGUUUUGUCGCUCUUGCAACACGAAAUAUCUGUGACCUCUUGUAAGAAGAAGAAUUAGGGCAGAGAUUGGAGCACAAGGGCUCAAAACCAAAAGGCAAAUCCAUCAUCUGUCCUCUUGAAACAUUUGGAAGGCUGCAGAUCAAGGUAGACCCAGCUUUUCUGUCUCUUUUCCACAUGUUGGUGUAGGUCAUUGCUUGGUUUUAAGCCAACAGUUGCAGCUGUGUCACGAGAUGAUGUCUUGUUCUGCAGUACCAGAAUGCUUGUGAGAGCUGCUGUACUUGUCUUCACUGCUGUGUCGGAGACGUGCACGCUUGUCUGCCUGGUUCAGUGUGUGACAUGUACAAGAACACACAAAUGCAAGCUGGUAUUCUCAGGGCAAGGUGCAGACUUGCUGGGACUACUGGUAAAUGUUCAUAGAUUUAUAGACAUCAUGCAGUCCUCCCUCAAACCACCAUCAUUUUGGGAAAGUGCUGAGCUCAUGUUUCUCCCACUCAGACAAAACACACAGCUGUGAUAGGAAAAGUACUAAGUGCUUUUUACUGUAACUUUGAGGGUCUGACUUCAAGCUCUACUGCAUCUCACUUUGGUGUAAAGGAUUUUAAAUUACUGCUUUGAGUUGCCUUAGAAAACUUAGUUGCUAAUAAAAACUGAGCACAGAACAGACAAUAGAUAGUGAUUUCUGCUCUUAGUACUGGUACUUUCUGGUUGCAUAUUGAUACAGAGUGGAAAUUAAAGACAAGACUGGAUUUGAUGUGUGAGCUAGACAUAUUGUUCAGAUGCUUUGCCUCCUUAGGGUUGAACAGAGUUAAUGUAGCUUGUGUAAAAAAAAUAAGGAAAUAAAAAAUAACAUAGUUAAAUAGAGGUGUCAGAGGAAAAGUUCUAGCUUUAGAUUGCUCUGUUUUCCUAAGUUAUAAAAGCAAAUUCAGUUUUGGAUAGCUAAGGCUGGACAGAACUUGGCAGUCAGUACUUAAGGGUGUUUGAAGUGAGCUGGCAGUUUUCCACCAGCUCACUGGCUCUGUAAUGUUGAGCACUGGAGAUCAGGCCUGAUCCCAGGCAGGUCUGAAUAUCCGUCAUUUGUUCAAAGAAUGAGAGUAGAAGGUGCUUGUGUCUAGAGAACUUAACCUAGGAAGAGGUAGGUAGGUAUAUCAAGGAUAACUGCAGUUACAAGCCUAUGAUCAAAACCUUAGUGCUCAAGCAGGAAGUGGUUUCAGUUACUGUCUAUACAGCUGCACCCUGACAUGCAUCCUGAAACCUGUCCUUGAAAUGAUACAGUGUCAUCUCUUCUGUCACUGCUGUCUAUCUGGUUGCCUUUGUCAUCCACAAGACUUGCCUUCUGCCUUCUCCAGAACAACUUGUUGACCAUUACUCCAGGUAACUGUCCCUGACACACUGCUCUGAAUUGCCACGAAGCUUCACGGCUACACUCUGGGGCUGACCUCCCAGCUCUUGGCACAGCAAACAGCCUCACAGUGCUCAGCAAGCAGGGCUGUUGCCUCGUCUCAAUUGGACUAUUUAACAUGAAGAUGAUGCGGAACUUGAUUCCAGAAACAGGGAUGAAGUGGAAGCCAGCUGAAGCUCAAAAGCUCUGGAGCAGUAAAUAAGAUGAAUGACGUUGGAGUAACACCAUGUCAUGAAUGGAAUGGGAACAUCCCAGUGUCCAAGUGAACUUAGUCCUGCUUUCAGCCUCCAUUUGCACAAGACAUCUGACAGUUUUGCAGCUGAGAACAAGGACCUUUUGAAAGCAACAAUCCUUUUGUGCCUUGUUAAGAGAGGAAUCUGAGACUUGGAAGGUGUGGUUAUUCAGGAGUUUAUCCCAGAAGCUUGUAUAACAGGUGUUUCUUUUUCCUUGUAAGCUGUUCAGUUCCCUAAGAGUAAUCCAUUUGGUGAAAAUACUUGAAGAUAUACUAAGUAGUUUGAUAUCUUGAUUUGUUUUUUAAUUUUACAGGAAAAUAAAGAAUGGUGAUUCCCUUCAGAGAGUUCAGUUAACUAGAAGACUUUAGUGUAACUCCCUUUCUGGUACAUUUUUUUAAUUUAUUGCUUGGGGGUAGGGGGAGGAUGUUAAUAAUUUUGCCUCCAGUAACAACUAAGUCAAGUGAACUGUAGCUUUCUAAGUGCUGGUAACAGGUUUUUCAGCCUUUAUGAUUGUAGAGUGCAGAACCAACGUAAUGGAAUUGUUUUCUGGAUUUACACUUGGAAAUGCUGAUCUGCAGGUUUCUUAUUCUAAGUAUAUUGAGACUUUGUGCAUUGAUUUGUUCUGGCUAUGGGGGGAGACAUCCCACUUUCUAGUGAUUUAAAGGUCAUUUGGUUUUAAAAUACCAAAGCUGUUGUUUCUAAAUAAAUAUCUUUCAGUCUAAACUGA